UGUGUGUGGGGGGAGGUUCCAUGAAUGUAAGGUUCUUCAAUCAAUAUGAAUCAUUGGAUUCGUUGCCAUUAAUGGGGAGGGGGGGGCGCGGCAACCAGCCAAGAGACCGUCCAAACCAAAGUGUUCGAAUUGACGGUUGAACCUCUCUCCCGCGCUUGUUGAAUAUGGCUGGAGGUGAGGAUGGGUCCUGCUGCGGGCGUCCGCUCGGGUACCUUGGGUACGGGUGUGACGGUGAGCAUAUCAAGGCCAUGUUCCUCAACGUUCGCACCUACUUUGUGGCGGUGGCGAUCAUCGCCACCGAGCUUGUGCUGUACUUUCUCCUGCCGGACACUGAGACCAACUACGUCAAGGAGCAGCUGAUGUGGCAGGGCAUGCUGUUUGUGGGCCUGGUGCUCCUGGCGCUCGCGCCGUUCCCGCACCUCAUCUACCCGGCAUCGUUCUUCCUUGGCUACGCCGUGCCCGUGGUCGGCGCUGCAGGUGCUGACGACAAGGCCGGGCCGUGUACGGUACCGAGCCCGAGGGCGAGUACGAGUACUACUCGGACGAGGGCGAGUACGAGUACUACUCGGAGGAGCAGGAGCAGCAGUACGAGUACGUGUACGAGGAGUCUGACGAGUACCAGUACUACUACGACGACGAGGAGGCAGCGCCGGCACCGGCUGCCGCAGCUGUGCCGACCUCGCCGCGUGCCACGCCCGCCUCCAAGCCGGGCUACGUGCUCACCACGCUCUCGCUCGUCAUGGGCACCGUCACCGGGUACAUUGUGGCCAGCUCGGGCCUCGAGGCCUCGCGUUGGGGCGCCAUCGGCGCCAUGGCCUACACCGGCUGGUUUGUCGGCUUCCUUGUCGUCGCCGUUGUGGUCUACCGCCUCCGCACCAACUACGGCUACACAUCGAUCUUUGAGGCUGUCCACGACCGCUACGGCGUCUACGCCUGCGUUCUCUACGCGCUCAUCUUUGCUUACCGCAUCCACCAGCUCGUUUGGCAGAACAUUGCCGCCGGCGCCGCCAUGUUUGGUGCGGCCGGCGCCUACUCGCAGACUGAGGCGUCCGUCGUCACGACGGGCGUCUCGCUCGCUGAUGUCUCGUCGCAGCGGAACACCGACUACUGGAUUGCCGUCGGCCUCCUCGCCGGCAUUCCGCUUGUGGCGGCGAUGACGGGCGGCCGCCGCUGGUCGAUGCUUGUCGCCGCUGCGCUCUCGUUUGUUCUUGUGGUUGUCCUCGCUCUGCAAGAUGUCGAGCUGUGCAACCGCAGCGAGGCCUCGUGCGUCGACUACAUGUCCCUCUCGAUCAAGACGCCCGACUCGCAGCUGUACGGCAUGGACCUCCUCAUUCUCACCGGUAUCCAGGGCCUGUUUGCCUACCCGUGGCACGACCCGGUCAUCAUGGACCACGCGUUCCUCGCGUCGCCGCUCAAGAUGGCGUGGGCCUUUUGCUCGGCCUUUGUCGCUGCCAUCGUUGUCAUUGCUGCUCACUCGACCGCCGGCCUCCAUGCCUUCCUCCAGGUUGUGCAGAGCACCGGCUCGGUGUGGAGCGGUAUUCUGCCGACCUACUACUCGCUCUUUGCUUUUGACAACCUGACCUAUGCCAUGAUCGGCUACGGUCAGCUCAUUCUCUGCGUCACCGCCCUCACCGCUACCCUGGUCUCGGCUGGCCAGUUUGUGGCCUUUGACCUCGCCGGCAUCUUUGGUGACAAGCACAAGCCCGUGUCGCCGUUCUCCAAGGCUGCCGUCGACCCGGCCCGCGUCAAGUACGCCCGCUUCGCCAUGGUCUUCUUCACUGUUGUCGGCGUCGGUGUCUUUGCCAUUGGUGACGACUGGCUCGUCGACGUCUCCAACGUCGCCCUCACGCCGAUCAUGUCCCUCGGCCUCGGCAUGCCCAUUGUCUUUAUGGAGCUCGUCUCUGGCGUUCGUCCGUUUGCCUUUAUCGCCCCGGUUCUCGUCGCUGCCAUUGUCGGCAUCCUCCAUGCCUUUGACUCGGAGAUGAUCUACAACAACGAGCUGCUCUUUGGCGACGGCGCCUACAAGUACGACCUGGCCAUCGGCGUUCUCGCCGCCGGCGCCUCCAUCCCGUUCUUUGCUCUGGGCUGGCUCUACCGCGUCGGCGACUCGACCAACCGCGGCGACAGCCCGACUUCGACCAAGAAGGCGUCCAACGAUGCCGCCCCUGUCGCUGCUGCCGAGUACGAGUACUAUGACGACGAGGAGGAGUACGAGUACUACGAGUAGAUGCCUCCCUCCCUGCCGCUACUGUCGAACUCCCGGUUUCGCGCCCAAGCCCUGCCUUGCCCUGUCUUGCCGUGUCUUGCCGUGCCGUUGCCGCCUCCGUCCGCGGCGAUGACACACCGUCGUCGGAGCCGACAUGCGACAGAGUGUACCAACAAACAAACAACCAACCCCAAGCUCUCGCCGUCUCUCUUAUCCUACCAACAAACACAAGUUGCACA